CUUCUAGACGGAUCGGUAACUAUUCCCGCUGGGUCUGCCCAUGAUGGGGUCCCGCCUGCGUUUGGGCCGUCCCUUCUUGGGGAUUCAAGGCACCUCGGCCCCUCCUUGACCGUCAGCGCUUGUGGUGUAGCCACUCUCAGGAUGAAGGGCUGCGAGGGGGACACGGGCGAACAGGCCCCGCUGAACCCGGAGGUGGACAGCCCCGCGGGCUCUGCCACGUACCGGGAGUUCGUGCACCGCGGCUACCUGGACCUUAUGGGGGCCAGUCAGCACUCUCUGCGGGCGCUCAGCUGGCGCCGCCUCUACCUCAGCCGGGCUAAGCUCAAAGCCUCCAGCCGCACAUCUGCUCUGCUGUCGGGCUUCGCCAUGGUGGCAAUGGUGGAGGUACAGCUGGAGAAUGAUCAUGAAUACCCACCAGGCCUGCUAGUGGCAUUUAGUGCCUGCACCACUGUGUUAGUAGCUGUGCACCUGUUUGCACUCAUGGUCUCUACAUGUCUGCUGCCCCAUAUUGAAGCCGUGAGCAACAUCCACAAUCUCAACUCUGUCCAUCAGUCACCACACCAACGACUCCACCGAUAUGUGGAGCUGGCCUGGGGCUUCUCUACUGCCUUGGGCACUUUUCUCUUCCUGGCUGAAGUAGUUCUGGUGGGCUGGGUCAAGUUUGUGCCCAUUGGGGCACCCAUGGACAAACCAGCUCCUGUGGUACCUAUGUCCCAGGUGCCACCUGUGACUGUGUCCCUUAGUUUAGCUUCUAAUCUGACACCAUCCUCUGCUUCCAUAGCCACAUCACAGCAGCCUUCCAAAGCCUGUCCACCCCGGCAAGUCUGUGGUAGUGCUCAUGGACCAGGCUGGCAAGCAGCUAUGGCCUCCACGGCAAUCAUGGUACCUGUGGGACUAGUGUUUAUGGCCUUUGCCCUACAUUUCUACCGAUCCUUGGUGGCCCACAAGACCGACCGCCACAAGCAGGAGCUGGAGGAACUCAGUCGCCUGCAGGGGGAGCUGCAGGCUGUGUAAGCCCGGCUUUAGACUGUUGCAAGCAUUGCCUCAGAAACCCCAGGGAUCUCCAGACCUCAUUCCUUGCCCUAAACUGGAGCCACCUCCUGUAAGCUCUAAGGUCGAAGCCAGAUUCCUGCUCAGAAUCCCAUACUCCCAGGGAUGAUCACUGUCAUCUGCUCCAGUCGGUUUUGUAAAUGCUACUCUGCUUGAGGAACAAAAGAGGAAGUAGACUGUCCCAGUCCAAGGAUCCUGGGUUAGAUGAAAGAGGCCUUAGUGAGUGAGGUCCUUGUUGGUGCUGAGCAGUUGCUUGCUCCUCUCCAGGAAGGUGACAUCUGCACUUCUGUCCCCAAGGCAGUCAGCCCUUGCUUAUCUGUAAUCUGCUUUACAGUUGGCAUUCUGGGAGAGAUUUUACAUGGGCUCCUCAGAUGAGCCACUUCACACUUAGUGACUAGUCUGUCCCAUUGCCCUAGGCACUUACAGUCUUUGGCGGAGCUGGGGGAAGAGAGAUCUUUGAAGACCAAGAGAUUGUGCAGCUAGCUUGACAAGGGUUGGUUGAGUUUGUAAGGGAGAACAUUUAGCCCUUAGAAUGCAGAGCCCUUAUUCAGACACUGAUUUUUUUGUUUUGUUUUGUUUUUCAAGCCAGAGUCUCACUGUUUGUUGCUCUGGCUGUCCUGAAAUUCUCUCUGUAGACCAGGAACUUGAACUCACAGAGAUCUGCCCACCUGUCUCACAUAUGCUGGGAUUAGCGGCAUGCACCACCACCAUCCAGCUCUGACACUGAAUUUUCGAUGCACCUUGUUUUGUAAAUAAAGUAUGUCUCACAUAUA